UACUGGAGUAACGACCAUUAUUAAUGCCAGUGGGAAGAAACAACAAUCAUUGCGUUCUAGUGGACCUUAACGCACCAGAUUAAAUCCCAGUAGAGACCGAUUAUAACCUCCAAAAAAUAAUCCGAAAAUCAUCGAGAGAAGACUAAGAAGAGGAGACUGUCUCAAAAGUCUCAAACAACAAUACAUUUCCUUUCGCUACUAAUCAUUCGACGCCGGCGGUUUUGCUGACUCGGCGUGAUAUAGUCUCACAGUGAUUUUGCAGAUCUAGGAGUUGAGAGUAAUGUCUAAAUAGAAUGGAUAGAGGUAAUAACAUGAACAGAGCCAAGAGGAGUUUUGAUUGUAAUGGUGAUGGUGAUCAACCUGACCGAAAACGUCCUGCUCUUGCUAGUGUGAUUGUAGAGGCUCUGAAAGUAAACAGUUUGCAGAAGCUUUGCUCCUCUUUAGAACCUAUCCUCCGCCGAGUUGUCAGCGAGGAAGUUGAACGUGCUUUGGCAAAACUAGGCCCCGCUAGGCUUACUGGAAGUUCUGGUUCUUCUCCAAAGCGAAUAGAAGGUCCAAAUGGUAGUAACCUACGGCUCCAGUUCAGGUCCAGGCUAUCUCUCCCCUUAUUCACAGGAGGAAGAGUAGAAGGAGAGCAAGGCGCCGCAAUCCACAUCGUCCUCAUCGAUGCAAACACUCGCCGCGCCGUGUUACACGGUCCAGAAGCUUCAGCAAAGCUUGAAGUUGUUGCGCUUGAUGGUGACUUCAACGCUGAAGACGACGAAGACUGGACAAAGGAAGAGUUUGAAAGCCAUGUGGUGAAAGAGCGUCAAGGAAAGAGACCGUUGCUUACCGGAGACUUGGGUGUGACUCUCAAGGAAGGGGUUGGAACCUUGGGGGAGCUUUCUUUCACUGAUAACUCGAGUUGGAUCCGGAGUAGGAAGUUCAGACUCGGUUUACGCGUUGCUUCUGAUGGCGUGCGGAUACGCGAGGCGAAGACUGAAGCGUUUACUGUUAAAGACCACAGAGGAGAAUUGUACAAGAAGCAUUAUCCACCUGCUUUGAACGAUGAAGUGUGGAGAUUGGAGAAGAUUGGUAAGGAUGGUGCGUUCCAUAAGAAGCUUAGUGCUGCAGGGAUAGUCACUGUAGAGGACUUUCUGAGAAUAAUGGUUAGAGAUUCUGGAGGAUUACGUGGUAUUCUUGGAAGUGGAAUGUCAAACAAGAUGUGGGAUGCACUAGCGGAGCAUGCCAAGACGUGUGUCUUGAGCAGUAAGCUUUAUAUCUACUAUCCGGAGGAUUCAAGGAACGUUGGAGUUGUGUUCAAUAAUAUCUAUGAGCUAAGUGGUCUCAUAUCUGGGGAUCAGUACUCCUCUGCUGAUUCACUUUCUGAAAGCCAAAAGGUAUAUGUUGAUGGGCUGGUGAAGAAAGCAUAUGACAACUGGAACUUAGUCAUAGAGUAUGAUGGAAAGUCUCUCAUAGACAUGAAGCAGCCUCAGAAUCCUCCUGAAAAUUACUCAACUACUGCCUUUGACCAUCCUAUGCAGAUGGCAGGGGCUAAUCAAUCUUUAGAUUUUACUAUUGGAGGGUAUGAUCAAACUAUGGUGACAAGUUAUCCUCAGCACCCCCAGCUUCUAGAUUCCAACCCAGGAGCACAAUAUGAGGUUGCUUCGGAUCAGCUCAUGGGAAGUGUACAUCAGGCUCAAAGCUCCACAAACAAUCAAAACAUGAACGGUUUGCUUGCUCUUGGUCCUCCACAGUCAUCCACGAGCCAUUACCAACACAUCAACCAGGCAAAUCUCAAUCCAUUUGAAGACUGGUCAAACCACGGCGAGAGAGGAGGAGGAGGAGGAGGAGCAGAAGAUUUCUUCUCAGAGGAAGAGAUCAGACUCAGAAGCCAUGAAAUGCUGGAGAACGAAGACAUGCAAAAGUUCGUCCGCUUAUUCAGCAUGGGAGGAGGAGGAACAGGCAAUGACUCUGUAGCACAUUUUCCAGAAGAUGGAUAUACUUCUUUCCCUUCGUUUCUAAACACGCCCAUGCAAGGAUAUGAUGAUGAAGACAGUGGUCGAUCAGGCAGAUCUGUCGUUGGUUGGCUUAAGAUAAAGGCAGCAAUGAGAUGGGGUUUCUCCAUCAGGAGGAAAGCAGCUGAGAGGCGAGCACAGAUCGUAGAGCUGGAUGAUGAUGACGAAGAAUAGUGUGGUCUUUCUUCAUCAUUAUCGUAAACUCUACAUCACUAAUGAGACUAAAAAAAUUGUUCCUUUUGUCAGAAUUUAGAAAUUUUAGUGACUGGAAUCUUUAGAACUAUUAUCUUAUUUAUUACUUGUGCCUAUUAUUUAGGCAGAAUACCAUCACCUAUUUUUA